AUGGCUGCCGCCCGUCUGGUUCCGCUGCUCCGACGCCGCCUCCUCGCCGCCGCAAUUGCCGGAUCGCCUGCUCCCUACUCCCACCGAGGAUUCUCAUUUCCUCCACCUGCAAGUGCCGGGCUAAGGUCCCUCCUAACAGUUACCAGAGCGAGCAAUACUGCAACUGCAACAGAUCCCCAGGAUCAACAGGACUCCGAAAGAAAUCCCCCACCGGCUUCUGUCCCGACACCAGAGCCCGGAUUCAAAGUCAGGGACACCUCCAACCUGAAGAUCUCACCAAGGCAUGACCUCGCCAUGAUCUUUACAUGCAAGGUGUGCGAGACCAGAUCUAUGAAGAUGGCCAGCAAGGACUCGUACCAGAAUGGAGUUGUGGUUGUGCGGUGCGGUGGCUGCAACAACCUCCACCUCAUAGCAGAUAGGCUUGGAUGGUUCGGGGAGCCAGGGAGCAUUGAGGACUUCCUAGCGACGCAAGGAGAGGAGGUGAAGAAAGGUUCAACGGAUACUCUCAACUUUACUUUGGACGACUUGGCUGGGUCUCAGGUCAGUUCUAAGGGGCCUUCUGAACAAAGUUAG